AUGGAGAGCAAGGGCGCGGACGCCUCGGCGCGCGCCGCGCAGGUUGCCGCCGUUCUUGACGCCGCCUGUGCUCUCCGGCGUGCGCACGACAGCAAUGUGGGUUGGAGCGACGACGAGCUGCUUGAGGGUGCGCAGGCGCUGGUGGGCGAGGGAAAUGAGCGGCUGCAGCGCGGCGACGCGCGGGGUGCGCUCCAAAAGUACGAGGAGUGCCGGGCCUUUGGCCAGGCGAUGAGGGACCGGAAGCGGGCGAUGGCUGUCGAGGGCGCGGCGGUGGGCAAUCUCGGCGACGCCUACCGCCGCCUCGGGCAGUACAAGAAGGCGAUCGAGCACCACACGAUGGCGCUCGCGAUCAGCCGCGAGAUUGGCGACCGCGAGGGCGAGGGCAACCAUCUGGGCAACCUCGGCAACGCCUACGACAGCCUCGGGCAGUACAAGAAGGCGAUCGAGCACCACACGAUGGCGCUCGCGAUCUGCCGCAAGAUUGGCGACCGCGAGGGCGAGGGCAACCAUCUGGGCAACCUCGGCAGCGCCUACGACAGCCUCGGGCAGUACAAGAAGGCGAUCGAGCACCACACGAUGGCGCUCGCGAUCAGCCGCAAGAUUGGCGACCGGCAGGGCGAGGGCGGCACUCUGGGCGGCCUCGGCAACGCCUACGACAGCCUCGGGCAGUACAAGAAGGCGAUCGAGCACCACACGAUGGCGCUCGCGAUCAGCCGCGAGAUUGGCGACAAGCAGGGCGAGGGCAGCGAUCUGGGCAACCUCGGCAUCGCCUACUUCCGCCUCGGGCAGUACGAGAAGGCGAUCGAGCACCACACGAUGGCGCUCGCGAUCAGCCGCGAGAUUGGCGACAAGCAGGUCGAGGGCAACGCUCUGGGCAACCUCGGCGGCGCCUACCUCAGCCUCGGGCAGUACGAGAAGGCGAUCGAGCACUACACGAUGGCGCUCAAGAUCAGCCGCGAGAUUGGCGACCGGCAGGGCGAGGGCAACGGUCUGGGCGGCCUCGGCAUCGCCUACUUCCGCCUCGGGCAGUACGAGAAGGCGAUCGAGCACCACACGAUGGCGCUCGAUAUCUGCCGCAAGAUUGGCCACAGACAGGGCGAGGGCGGCACUCUGGGCGGCCUCGGCAACGCCUACCACAGCCUCGGGCAGUACAAGAAGGCGAUCGAGCACCACACGAUGGCGCUCGAUAUCAACCGCGAGAUUGGCGACAGGCGGGUCGAGGGCAGCGCGCUGACCAACCUCGGCACCGCCUACCUCAGCCUCGGGCAGUACGAGAAGGCUCUCGAGCGCCUCGCCGCCGCCACCGCCGUCUUUGACGCUCUCUGGGCUGGCCUUCGGACCGACCACGACCGCAUCACCUUUGGCGACACAAUCGGCUUCACGCUGACUCCCCGCCUGCUGCAGCGCGUGCACGCCCGCCUCGCUCAGCCCGAGGCGGCGCUCGAGGUUGCCGAGCGCGCCCGCUCGCGCGCCUUCGAGCUCCUCCUCGCGCAGCAGCGCGUGCAGCGGGGUGCGGACGCCGCCGCCGCGCCGCCGCCGACGCUGCCCGCGGCGGUGGACGUCGCUGCGCUGCGCGGUCUCGCCGGCCGCCAGCGCGUCGCGCUGGUCAUCUUCUCGCAGGUGCAGGACACGGCGCUGCUCGCGUGGGUGGUGCGCGGCGACGCGCCGGUCGCCUUUCACGAGCUCGCAGUCCCAGCGCAGGGUGGAGCGUCGCCGCUGACGCAGCUGGUCGAGCAGACGCGCCAGACCAUCGGCGCGAUAGAGGCGGAGCGUGGCGACGGUCGAACCGCCGCGCCGGACGAGAGCUACAUCCGCGCCGCGCUCGCCCGCUGCUACAAGCUGCUCAUCGCUCCGCUCGGCCUCUCGGCCGGCGAGCCGCUGCUCAUCAUCCCCGACCGCGACUUGUUCGCGCUGCCGUUUGCCGCGCUGCUCGACUCGGACGGCAAGCACCUGAUCGAGCGCCACUCGCUCCGCAUCGCGCCGUCGGCGGGCACGCUGAUCGAGCUCGAGCAGCGCGCGGCCGAUCGCGGCGCCCCACCGCCGAGGCCGCCGGCGCUCGUCGUCGGCGACCCGGACUUUAGCGGAUGGACCACUAAGGGCGGCGGCCAUCUUUCUCAGCUUCCUGGCGCGCGGGCGGAGACGUCGGUGGUGCAGGGGCUGCUGAACACGUUCAAGGCAAAGCUGCGGCUCGACGACGAGGCGACAAAGGAGGCGAUGAUGCAGCUGCUGCCCACGAGCGACGUGAUCCACUUGGCGACGCACGGCGCGCCCGACGGCCUCUACUUCGCCGGCGAGAGCGAAGUGGAGGCGACGCUGAGCAUGGCGGAGGUGCAGGGCCUCGACCUGCGUGCGCGCCUCGUCGUGCUCAGCGCGUGCGACUCGUUCAAGGCCCCCAAGGGCGAGGGCGGGUCGGAGCUGAGCACGGACGGCGUCGUUGGGAUCACUCGCGCCUUUGUCGCGGCGGGCGCGCUCACGCUCGUGUCGUCGCUGUGGAAGGUGAGCGACGACGCGACGCGCGAGCUGAUGCGGCGCUUCUACACGGCGUGGGUGGCGGGCGGCGACGUGGCGGCGGCGCUGCGCGAGGCGAUGGUCGGGAUGAUCGAGGAGGGCCGGUGGUCGGUGCGGGAGUGGGGGGCGUUCGUCGUGUACGGGAUGGCG